AUGUCAAGGAUCUCCGGUGGGGUUAGAGGAGACCGAUCAGAUUCCGAGCUUCCUGAUGAGAUUCUAUCCGUUAUUCCGACAGAUCCUUUCGAGCAGCUUGAUCUCGCGAAGAAGAUCACGUCAAUGGCGAUAGCCUCUAGGGUUUCGAAUCUGGAGGCAGAAGCGAUCGAAUUGAGGCAGACGAUACAAGAGAGAGAAAUCGAUACGCAAGAGCUCGAGUGGAAGGCGACGCGUUUAGAGAGCGAUUUCCAAGAAUCCGACUCAAGACCGAAGAUCGUCCUCCGUGAAAAUAUGAAUCUGAAAAAGGAACGUGAUUCGCUUGCGGCGAAUGUAAAGAAUCUGAUCUGUGAUAUGGCUAAGGUAAAACUAAUGCUCACAAGCAAACUCGAGAGGAGAGCGAAUGCGAUAUUUGGAACAGAGAACAAAGAUCUCUACAUGUCUUUCCAAGUACUUGUCCCCAAGAACAAGACCUAG